AAUCACAGGAAGGAGGAGGGUUUAAAAGACGUAAGCAUGAGCGGACCAAAGUGUUGGUAACAUUUCCGAGAAAGAGGAUGGAGGAAACAACGCUGCUGUGUCUCCUCUUUCUGACUGCAGUGCUGAUCUGCACGACACACCAAGCUCGUCUGACUGUGAGUCCCAGCAGCUCUCAGCUGUUUGAAGGAGAGUUUGUGUCUCUGAGCUGUGAGGAGGACGACAGCUCUGCUGGAUGGACUCUGAGGAGAAACACAAGCAAACGACAGAGGACUCAGUGUGGAGAUGGGUGGGGAAAACCAGCUGGUUCGACUAAUUCUUCCUGUAACAUCAGCUACAUCUUCACUUUGGACAGUGGAGUUUACUGGUGUGAGUCCAGAGAGGGUCCCAUCAGUAACAUGGUUAACCUGACAGUCACUGGUGGAUCAGUGAUCCUGCAGAGUCCUGUCCUCCCUGUGAUGGAGGGAGAUGACGUCACUCUGCUCUGUAAAACAAACACCACCGGCUCCAACCUCCCAGCUGCUUUCUUUAAAGAUGGUGUCUUCAUUGGGAACCAGUCUACAGGUCACAUGAUCAUCCAGCAUGUUUCCAGGUCUGAUGAAGGCCUCUACAAGUGUGGCAUCAGCGGUCACGGAGAGUCUCCAUCCAGCUGGAUCACUGUCAAACGUAAACCUAUGACUGCAAACCCGCCCACUUCAGGAGCUCCACACCCGAACUCGAGUCAUCUUCAUUCUGACUUUGCACUGAUGCGCUACCUGCUGGUGUUCUGUCCGUACUUCAUCUCCACUCUUCUUAUGGUGUCUUUAUAUCGACAGAGAGCCACAGGAGCUCACCUGAACUGAGGAUGAUGAUGAUGCUAACAAAGAGCAUCACUUGUGAAUUUCACCAACAACUCAGGAACUCGUUCACAAACAGCGAAAGCGCACAGAUGUGUGUUUAAGCUGAGCGUGUGAACACACAAAUGCUCAGUCGCAGAGCACGCAUCCACACAAAUGAUGAAGGCUCAGCUGUCCAACAUACACCGACAUACACCGAUCAGGCAUAACAUCAUGGGUGAAGGUAAAGGUGAAGUGAAUAACACUGAUUACCGCUUCAUCAUGGCACCUGUUAGUGUGGGGGCUACAUCAGGGAGUACAUGAACAGUUAGUCUUUAAGUUGAUGUGAGGGAAAAAUGGUCAAGUGUAGGGAUUUAAACAAGUUUGAAAAGCACUAAACUGUGAGGCUAGAUCACUGGGUGAGGGCAUCUGAAAAACUGCAGGACUUGUGGGGUGUUCCUGGUGUGCUGUGGUCAGUAUUUAUCAAAAGUGCUCAAAGGAAACAAUAGAAAGAACCAAAGACAGGGUCACGGGUGGCCGAGGCUCAUUGAUACACGUAGGGAGUGAAGGCUGGCUCCUGUGGUCCAAACCAUAGCUGACUUUGCUGCUGUAGCUCAGAUUGCUGUAAUAAAUAGUCCUGGUUCUGAUAGAAAGUAAACAGAAGAUGGUACUGAGUAUUGGUCUGCUGGGAAACAGUAUUCCCUGAUGGCUGUGACUGCCAUCGGCAGGAUAAUGCGUCCUGCCAUGAAGCACAGAUGGUUCAGGAACUGUUUGAGGAUCACAACAACAAGUCUGGGGUGUUCUCCAAAUACCCCAGAUCUCAACCCACACAAGCAUCUGUGGGAUGUGCUGGACAAACAAGUCUGAUCCACUGACGUCCCACCUCCCAGCUUAGAGGACUUAUGGGAUCUUUUGUUAACACACUGCCUGUGUGGAGUCCAUAUCUCGAUGACUGGGCUGUUUUGGCAGCAAAGAGGAGGGUAAACACAAUAUUAGGCUGGAGCUCAUACUGUUAUGCCUGGUCAGUGUAUAUCAUCAAAUGAAAUGAUAAGAACAACCAGUUAUUUAGCUUUUCAAAACAGCAAUCUAUGCAGAUAAGCUAAAUUGUGUCUCUGGUUAAUGUGAACAGAUGAGGACCCAAAACUGAUCUCUGGGGAACUCCUCAGAGUGGCCGGGCACCACACACAGAUAUUCAGAGCAAGUUAAGGUGAAAACAUCUUCAGACUGAAGACUCCUAAACUAAAGACUGUAAGCUUUGUAGCAGAUCCACAGAGAGUGAGACAGCCAGCACGCUGUUAUCACGUCACUCACAUUCAAACUACCUCCAUAAACCAGCUUUAAAUCCCCCUUAAACGGCAGGUUUACUGGUAUACAACAGCACUGUAUUAACCUUUGGAAACAAAAUUAUUAAAGAUUGCUGAAUUCUCA